CACACACCCCCUACUCUUGGUGGAAGCUUGGUCUCCUAUUGAGAUCGGUCAUCAAGGGAAUGAGGUCCAAGUCAUCACCAUUGCUCGCUGGAAGGGGAAGAAAGCUUUAACUGGGACCCACAAACAGCUUACUAAGGACUGCUCUCCAUCACAGCCUCCUAAGCAUGCACAUCCUCUGACUACUCCCCUUUGAUGUCAUUGUAACAAGAAGAAAAUGAAUUCCAUGGUGAGCUUCUGAACCAAAGGUGGACCCGUGGGGAGAAAAUCAACAGCUGUCUCACAACACCAAGACUAACCAGCCGAGAGUCCAAGAUGAAUGUAGACCAUGAUGAUAACAGGACACGCACACGAUCCAAAAUCAGAGUUAUCCCAGUUAUCCCAGUUGAACUUAUUGGACAGGACUUGAGCUGUCCAACCCCAGGCUGUAUUGGCUCAGGACACAUCAGAACAAAGUACGCACGACACAGAAGUUUACAGAAUUGCCCCCUGGCCCGGAAACGCAAGUUGGAAGACGCAGAGGCUGAGGAGCUCCUAUCAUUAAAGAGGAAGUCUCAUCCUCUCAAACUGGCCAUGGAUGAGGGCUACAACAUGGACAGCGACGUCAGCGAGGAAACAGAAGUGAAAGAUGAAGAAUCAGGAACAGAAGACUCGGAAGGGACAAUAGUAGAAACGGAAGAGGAAUCUGAAAGCACUGAACCCAAAGAGAUUGCAAGCCCUGAACCCAGAGAAGCUGAAAACUCUUCCACGAAAGAGACCUAUGAAGAUCGACCAUCGAACAAUGAGACGCCCACAAAAGCCACUUACAGCAGUUAUCAUGAAAUCAUUGCCAAUUCCCUCUUAAAUCUGGGCCAAAUUGCAAAAGAGACCUUGGUGUCAGAGGGCCACUUGCCAGAAAGUGAAUUGGAAACCCCCAAACUCAUCUCCAGGGUGGUGCAAAUUGUCCAGCCGGAGGUGGAAGAAGCAGCGGUGGAGGAAGUGUGCGACAAAGAGAUCAUCAUUCAGACAGAAGAUGCAGAAGAAAUCAUUGAAGUGGCAAGCGAACGAAGCAGCGAAUCAUGUCUGGAGCCUCGAGAGGACACCAACUCAGAGGAAAUAUGCAAGAAAGACAUCAUGGACGACGAGGAUGAAGAUGAAGAUGAAGAUGAUGAUGACCUUGACGAUGAUGAUGAUGAUGACUUAGAUGAUGAUGAAGAAGAAGAAGAACAUACAUCGGAAAUGAUGACCCAUGAUCCCCCCCGUGCUUCUCAGGCCUCCCCAAAAAUUCACUGUGAAGAACAGUUCAGCCCAAAACCUGAAUACUCGGUCACUGUGGAAGUCAGGUCGGAUGAUGAUAAGGAUGAUGAUAGCCACUCCCAAAAAUCAGCAGUGACCGACGAGUCCGAAAUGUACGACAUGAUGACUCGGGGGAACCUGGGGCUUCUGGAGCAGGCAAUAGCUCUGAAGGCCGAGCAAGUUAAAGUUGUCCGGGAACCGAGCAGGGUGUCGACGGACGGCAUUAAAAGCUUUCAAACCGACGAUAAGCAAAAUAGAUCAAUCGAUACCAUGAGAAAAAACUUUUAUGAUGCAGCAAGACCUGAAAAGCGAGAGAUCAAAUGCCCUACUCCAGGUUGUGAUGGCACUGGCCAUGUCACCGGCCUUUAUCCCCACCACAGGAGCCUCUCAGGAUGUCCCCACAAAGACAGAAUCCCUCCAGAGAUUCUGGCCAUGCAUGAGAAUGUAUUAAAGUGUCCAACGCCCGGAUGUACAGGACAGGGUCACGUGAACAGCAACCGCAACACACACCGAAGUUUAUCUGGAUGUCCUAUCGCUGCAGCUGAAAAGUUGGCUCGGUCCCAUGAGAAGCAACCACAGCCCGGAGAUCUCACCAAAAAUAACACAAAUUCCGACAGGAUACUCAGGCCCAUGUGCUUCGUGAAGCAGCUGGAGAUCCCCCAGUACGGCAGCUACAGACCCAAUAUGGUUCCUUCAACGCCAAGAGCCAAUCUAGCCAAGGAACUGGAAAAGUACUCCAAGGUUACCUUCGAUUAUGCAAGUUUCGACGCUCAGGUUUUCGGCAAACGCCUGAUUGCCCCAAAGAUUCUGACAAGUGAAAACUCACCCAAAGCCUUCAAAUCUAAACCAUAUCCAAAGGCCUCAUCCCCCAACCACAGCCCAUCCAGCAGUUAUGUUAAAAGCACUUCCUCUUCCUCCUCUGGUUUUGACUACACCCACGACGCAGAGGCUGCUCACAUGGCGGCAACAGCUAUCUUGAAUCUUUCCACCCGGUGCUGGGAGAUGCCAGAGAACCUUAGCACGAAACAGCAGGACCUGCCAAACAAAUCAAUGGACAUUGAAGUUGAUGAAAACGGCACUUUGGAUCUAAGCAUGAACAAACAACGGAAACGGGAGAGCGCAUUCCCCAGUAGCAGCAGUUGCAGUAGCAGUCCCAGCAUGAAAUCCCCAGACCAGUCACAACGCCAAAACUGCACAAGUGCCACCAGCAGCAACAUGACAUCACCCCAGUCCAGCCAGACCUCCCGACAGGACGACUGGGAUGGGCCCAUCGACUACACCAAGCCAAAUCGACAGCGGGAAGAAGAGCCAGAAGAAUCCGAACCCGCCGGCGCCUCUUUUGCUUCAUCAGAAGCCGAUGAUCAAGAGAUGCAGGAGGAGAGCUUUGAAGAACGCAAAUAUCCUGGUGACGUCACGCUCAGCAACUUCAAACUAAAGUUUCUUUCCAAGGACAGCAAGAAAGAGAUACUGACAUAUUUUGCUUCUCAACGGGAUUUUCGGCCAGUACGUGAUGGGGGGUGCGCAAGUCCAAAAGGGGGAGACGCUGGAAAAAAGCCAGGAGCUCUCCUGAAUGAUUGCCCAACCCCGGGAUGUGAUGGCAGUGGGCAUAUCACAGGGAACUAUGCCUCCCACCGCAGCCUUUCUGGUUGUCCUCUUGCUGACAAGAGUCUCAGAAAUCUCAUGGCUGCCCAUUCUGCUGAUCUCAAGUGCCCCACUCCGGGAUGUGACGGCUCCGGACACAUUACAGGGAAUUAUGCGUCUCAUCGGAGCUUGUCAGGUUGUCCUCGUGCCAAGAAAAGCGGAAUGAAGGUUACGCCCACGAAAGACGACAAGGACGACCCGGAACUUCUGAAGUGUCCAGUGCCAGGGUGUGAUGGACUGGGACACAUCAGCGGAAAAUACGCGUCUCACCGCAGUGCGUCCGGCUGCCCGUUAGCGGCUCGCAGGCAGAAAGAAGGAACUCUCAACGGAUCUGCCUUUUCCUGGAAGUCUCUGAAAAACGAAGGCCCUUCCUGCCCAACGCCUGGCUGCGACGGAUCGGGCCACGCUAAUGGAAGCUUCCUUACCCACCGCAGCUUGUCAGGCUGUCCUCGGGCUUCUUUUGCUUCCAAAAAGGGAAAACUCUCAGGUGACGAGCUUCUAGGGACAAAAUUCAAAACCAGUGAUGUGUUAGAGAAUGAUGAAGAGAUUAAACAGCUGAACAAGGAGAUUAACGAGCUCACAGAGUCCAACACCGAGAUGGAAUCAGACAUGGUCAACCUACAGUCUCAGAUAACAUCAAUGGAGAAGAAUCUGAAGAACAUUGAAGAUGAAAACAAGGUCAUCGAGGAGCAAAACGAUGCCCUAUUUGUAGAACUUUCUGGACUAAGUCACGCCCUCAUACGAAGUCUUACCAACAUUCGCCUUCCACACUUGGAGCCCAUCAGUGAACAGAAUUUUGAUUCCUAUGUCAACACCCUAACCGACAUGUACAGUAACAAAGAGUGUUACCAAAACCCAGAGAACAAAGCUUUGCUUGAAAAUAUUAAACAAGCGGUUAAAGGUAUUCAGGUCUAAAAAAAAAAAAAAAAAAAGGGAAUAGAUGGACUUUCCCAUUUCGUAUUCA